GGUUUGUCUUGAAAGACCCUUAAUUAUUUCACAAAAUCAGACACAUAUUCCCCUCUCACCACUUACCCGAGGUAUAAAAAUUUGCACCCUAUCCUCUCCUCUCUUCAAACUUCAAAACUAUUACUCAUCAGUUAUCAAUGGCUUUGAUGAUGGAUGGUUGCGAUGGCAUACUCAUGUCUUUAGAGUCACAGAAAUCCGUUCCGGCGCCGUUCCUGACGAAGACGUACCAGCUGGUGGACGACCCCGCCACCGACCACAUAGUCUCGUGGGGCGACGACGACUCCACCUUCGUGGUGUGGCGCCCCCCGGAGUUCGCCCGCGACCUCCUCCCCAACUACUUCAAGCACAACAACUUCUCCAGCUUCGUCCGCCAGCUCAACACCUACGGUUUCAGAAAGAUCGUCCCGGAUCGUUGGGAGUUCGCCAACGACUUCUUCAAGAAGGGCGAGAAGCACCUCCUCUGCGAGAUCCACCGCCGCAAAACGUCUCAGCCGCACCACCACCACCACCCCAUCUCCGCCGCCGCCGCCGCCGGAUUCUUCCCCUUCCCCAGCCGAGUCAGCAUAUCCCCGCCCGAUUCCGACGAAUCACCUCCGCCGCACGCCACCGGAUAUCAAAACUCAUUCGCCGCGCUGUCCGAAGACAACGAGCGGCUGAGACGGAGCAACACCAUGCUGAUGUCGGAGCUCGCCCACAUGAGGAAGCUCUACAACGACAUUAUCUACUUCGUGCAGAAUCACGUCAAGCCUGUGGCGCCCAGCAAUUCCUUUCAUCAUUCUUCUCUACUGAUCGGAAACCCUAGAAAAAUCCCCAAUUCUAUUAUCAACACUUCCUCUUCUCCGAGCAAGAGCAGCCUCACGGUAGCUCCCGACAUCGAGCCGCCACCACCGCCUCAGUAUCGAACGAAGCUCUUCGGCGUAGCGCUAUCUUCCAAGAAGAGAUUGCACCCGGAAUACACCUCCGCCGCAGCCGCCACCACCAACAAGACAAGGUUGGUUCUUGAAAAGGGCGAUUUAGGAUUCAAUCUCAUGCCUCCUUCUCCAUGAAAAGGUGUUUUUGUUAGUUCGUGAAUGUGUGAGUGUGUGUAAAUAACCUCUUCAGUUAUUCAUCUUCUUCCCAUAGCAUUGAUGCAGAUGGGUUUUGCUUAGAGUUGAGAGAUUAAUUAAUUACGACGAUCGAUCAUCAUACUUUUUUUUUUAUUUGAAAGUUUAAAAUUAGGGUGAUGAUUGGAUCUCAACUCUUGUAUCUCUCUUUCUGUUUGUCUGGGACAGAUUAAUUAAUGCAACCUGAAACUGAAAACUUAUCUUUCUUCAGUUGGAGUGAGAGGAAAACUCAGACAGCCUACAGCCUGGGGCAAAAUUUCUUGUAUUUUUGUUUUCUGGGACUUGUCUGAUCAAUGCAUUAAUGUAUCAUACGUACUUGUAUGACCGUA